AUUUCUCAUUUUAGAGUGGGGGCAUUAAACAAAGGGAAAAAGAAAUUAUUAGAUAAAAUUUAACACUACUUUUUCAUUAAAUAAAUAAAUUGUUGUUGCUAGAAAAGUGGCCUUUUCUUUACAAUAAUAAUAAUAAUUCUUUAACCGACCUUUCCCCACAAGACAAAAACAAAUGUGUUGGGAUCUCUCUCAUGCUCAUGGAUGAAACCGACAUGGGCAUUUCAGAAAUUAACUCCCCAAAUUCCCUCAUGGCUUUCCUUGCUCUUCAAAACCCAACAUAUCUACCAAUACACAUCUUCCGAAAUCUCGAGAUUCAUCCUCAACCGUAUAGGGGUGAGCAUCCUUUUAGCAAUUUGUGGAGGAGAAGGCUUCAUCCGUCUGGGACUGGGAAUGAGGAUCUUGAGGGGUGUUUUGGCUACUUCAAAAGAAUGCAAAGCUCAGAGCUUUAUCGUUUGGAUCAAGCAACUCUCACAACAAUUUUAUUAGCUGGUGAUAGAGAAGAGUUUUAUUACGUCAACAGGAUGAUACAAUGCUUAGCGGUUUUGAAUUGAUAUGAAAGGGUGAAAAGUUUGGGAAAUGCUUUGAUAACAUCAUACUUUAAAUGUGGCUGUUUGAGUUCAGGGAGGCAGUUUUUUGAUGAGGUGUUUGAAAGAAAUGUUAUUACUUGGACAGCGACACUUCAGGAGGGAUGCCAAAUUCAUGACCUUCCGUGAAAUUUGGGGAUUCAAUCUGACCUGUGCAUUGAGAGUGCUCUCGUGGAUAUGUAUUCAAAAUGUGGAAAUGUUAAAGAUGCGUGGCAGAUUUUUGAUUCUGUUCAAGAGCUUGAUGAGGUUUUCAUGACUGUAAUCCUUCUGAGUUUUGCACAAAAUGGAUUUGAGGAUGAAGCAAUACAGUUUUCUUGUGAAA